CAGAGGACGACGUCUGGGGUUCUUGGGCUGGGCAGGAUAGAGAGCGACACGUGGCAGGAAUCGAGUGGCCGGACAACAGUGUCAUCUGGUUCGUCCAUGCCACAUCCAAUCGAACGAGAAACUCCAAUCCCGAGCAAACGGGGGCCAAGGAAGAAGAAGAAGAGGUACCAGUGGAUAGAUAGAUAUCGAUUGAAUAGAGAUUCUCUCCUGGAUCGAUACCUCGAUCGAUCUCGAUCUGCAAUGGAGCUAUCGUCAUCCUCAGCAGUGGCCACAGCGGCGGCGCACCGCGCGGGCAUCGCUAAUUCCUCUCGCGCCCGAGCAGUGGCGCUGUCUAGCACCUCGCGGAUCUCCUGGAACGCGCUGGCCGCCAGGGCCCCGGAGCUAAGAUCCAGUAGCAAUCGAGCCGGCAGCCGCGCGGUGGUGGUGAUGGGCGUGGAGGAAUCCUAUGCGUCGGCGCUGGCGAACCUAGCCCAGUCCAAGAAUGUGCUCGACACCAUCUAUGGCGACACCGAGAAGCUGGGCAAGUACUUUGACAACCCCAAGGUGGCCAAGUUCCUGGCCAACCCGGUGGCGGACGUGGAGCGCAAGAAAUCGGUGAUCAAGGCCAUCGCCAAGGAGGAGAAGCUCCACGCCUACACCACCAAUCUCCUGUUCGUGCUGGUGGACAAGCGCCGGGUGGGCAUCGCCAAAAAGAUCUUCCAGGCGUUCGAGACGAGCUACUACAAGCUGACCGACACCGAGAUCGCGGUGGUCACGUCCGCGGUGAAGAUCGACAACUCGCAACUCGCGGAGAUCGCCAAGAAGAUCCGGAGCCUCUCCAAGGCCAAGAACGUCAAGAUCAAGAACGAGGUGGAUCCAUCCGUGAUCGCGGGGUUCAAGGUCAAGUAUGGCCCCGGCGCGUCGCUCGUCAUCGAUCUCACUGUCAAGGGCCAGCUCGAUCGAAUCGCCGCCGACUUGGCUUCCAUGGAUAGCAAAGUGGCCGUCUCUUAAGAACAAACUUUUUGCAUUUCAUUGCCA